AUGCCGACUCUGGCCAGCGGAUGGACAGUGAGUCCAACGACGACAUCGACUAGUCCCUGGACAUACCCAAGUUACUUCACCUCAGCCAUGGACCCGUUUAAAACCUCUUCUUCGUCUUCUUCAUCAUCGCCCUCAGCGUCGACACCUUCUGGCACAUGGAUCCAUAGUACCUUCCCAUCGUCUGGGUUUACCAUCGAUUCAUACUUCAUUUCAGCCUCACCAUCAACACCUACACCUACUCCGACCUCUUCCUUGACGACUUCGCCUUCUCCAUUAUCUGACGCUUCGGCCUCGGUGCCCACGCCACCACCUAGUAGCACAGAAGAUCCUCAGGUCAAUCCUUCAGACUUUUCAGUCCCAGCACACGGAGAGACAAGAAAGGCCAUCAUCAUCUGGGUCUCUUUCGGCGUGGGAAUGUUGGUAGCCAUUACCAUCCUUGUCAUUCUCUACAGAUGUAUCAGGCGCAAAAAAUUGGCUAGCAAGUACAAGCGUCAGAACCGAGAAGGAGAAUCACCCACGACAUCCUCCCCAACCACGAUGACCGAUGGAGGAUCUCGUCAAAUGUCCCAAAUCCGAAAUGGCAUGGUGACACCCGGAAGAUUAUUCGGAGGAGAUUUGACAACGGAUGAUGUAGCUUCUGCCGUGGUCAUCUCAGGAAGCACUGUCAAUCCUCCCCGAAUACCACCCAGGACCGUUGUACGCAAUACUCGAGCCCCUUCCACACAAUGGGGAUCUGAUGAUUCAGAAUAUGACAUGGUAGCGACGGAUGGGUCGAGUAUCACUCGGACGUUGUCUACGCGAUCAAUGGACACUAUCUCCGAGCGAAUGGAGUCUGGAACUGCUUCGACCGAAAAUCCUUUCAAUCACCCUGCUUAUACCGUCAACAGGCCGAAUCGACGCUUCGACAUCCCUGGGAUCCGGACGAAUGUGAAUUCGACCACGACCACUUUGUCCGUCGCUUCGCCCUUGACGCUUGGGACCGCAGAGACUUGGUGGUCUAAUAUUUCUCAUGGUCGAUUCUCAGCGACUAGUCCGACUGCAACCACAGACUCAACCACAGACUCGUCAAUGUCCCCUACUACGCCGAGACCAUUAUUGACUCUGGAUACGAGAGCAGCUGUAUCAAGUACACACGGCUCCUCAAUGCCUACUUCCUCCCCUUCUACAGUCACAAACUCACCCGCGCCCACUUACUCUUCCCAUACUGCCUUUUCGUCUACCAUGCCCUCCCGACACGAUUCCAUCAUUUCACAAUCUACCGACCGCAGCUGGUCUCAGGAGAACAGCGAAUCCAGCAGUCGUCCAACCGCACUGUCCCGCGGUACCACGUUCAUCCAGCAUACCGAUUCGCAGACCGGUAAUGGAUCUGCUGCUAUCGCCGGAUGGAGGCAGAGCAGACGUCCGAAAGAGGUGCACUUACCUCCGUCGUACUGCCAAGUCUAUGGAGAUCUGGUCUGA